UGAGUGUCAGGUGCCCUGUGGGGUCUACAGUGCCCUCUGCAGUAAGUGUGAGGUACCCUGUGGGUUGUAUAGUGCCCUCUGCAGUAAGUGUAAGGUGCCCUGUGGGUUGUAUAGUGCCCUCUGUAGUGAGUGUAAGGUGCCCUGUGGGUUGUACACAUUAGACCAAACUGUAUUGGACCAUCCUACCAAUUUAUACCAGAUUUGGACCAGACAAACUGAAACUAAAACUCUCACUUAA